AGCUGAUUAUUUGAAGGCCAACCGUCAACUGGAUGAGUUUCGAUACAAGCGAGGAUUUUUUAGCAUGACAGCAGCUCAAAGCUCAUAUAAGACUCGUCCACCAGUGGAAUGGUGGAUCACUUUGGAGAUGAAGUUCCAGAGCUUAGAGCUUUUGCUGUUAAGAUUCUUGGUUUGACUUGUUCUUCUUCACCAUGUGAACGUAAUUGGAGCACCUUCAAUCAAGUUCACACCAAGAGGAGGAACCGCCUAUCAACGGUGAAGUUGAAUAGUUUGGUUUUCAUAAUGUUCAACAAAAGAUUAAAGUUUCGAAAAAGUCUAUUGCAAAAGAGAGAGGAUACUUUGGUUUGUGAAGCUUUGUCUUCUGACGAUGAGUGGAUUGUUGACGACAACACCGGAGGAGAUGAUGAACUUGCAUUGGAUGUUGAUGAAAUGAAUAAUGAAUUCAGAGGGGUACAUGUUACAAAUGACAUGCAUGGAGAUGAUGAUGCAGAGGCUGAUGAUGGAGAUGGAAUUGAGGAAUCCCUUGAAGAUAUGGAUGAUGUUGCUACAAUGGAUGAUGAUAGAUUAAGUUUUGAGUAGUCUACGCCUCUACGGGACUCUAAACAAGAACUUGGAGACUUAAAUUAUAGUCUCAAAAUGAUAUCAUGAAUCAUGAUUAUCUUAUUGCGUUUUUAUUUUGCCCCCCCCCCCUUUUUCCUUUAAAUGAAAACUUAUGUAUUAC